GAAGAGACAAUGCUUCUGAGAGAAGAAUUGAAGAGAGAAAUUAAAGAAAAACAAGACAAAGAUGAAGCAUAUGUGAGUCUGCUAAAACAGGUUGAGAAUUCUAACAUGUCACUGAGAAUGCCAGAAAGCAUCAAUAACAACAACGCCCCAGCAGCCAAUCCUUUUGAAAACAUGUUUAUAAACCCGUAUGUUGACGAAGCAAGAGAGUUAGGUAGACAACACGAAGUAGUAACUAGGGGAAUCCACUACAAUAUGCACAGUCCCCGAUCGAUCCCACCACCAAUCCCACCACCGCGUCCACGCCCUGGUUACGUGAUGCCAAUGGUGCCACCAACAACACCAGACCUGCUACCAGAGUGCUUUGGAGCUGCAGCGACAUCCGCUCCCUUACCGCCACCAAUGCGUCCGACUGUAUUACCACAAGCCAAACUAGCUGCUGUCAAGAACGAAACACGUACCACUGCUGAUGCAGCUGAUCAGAGUGACAGUGAUGUGUAUGAUGAACCCGACGCUGUGACUCCACAAGAAACGGUCACAAUACAAGUUGACGGGCACGUUCCUGAAGAAAGAGAUGACGUUGCUACUGAAUUCCACGAUGCGCAAGAAUUUUCCGCUGACAGGGCUGCUAGAUGGUGCCCAGAAUGCAAUCUUCUCUUUCCUCCUUCGUGUCCUUCUGAUACAUUUGAGCAGCACGUACAGAGUCACUUUGGACGAGUAUGUCCGAUGUGUCGCAGACAGUUCCCGAAAGACUCGUGUGAUCAGGACGCGUUUGAAGACCACGUGCAGACUCAUUUUGAACGAGAAUAAAUCAAAGUGAAGAAAAUUUAAAUU